AGACAAGGAACCGGAGCUACAAAUGGAAAAGACAAGACAUCUGGUGAGAAUGAUGGGCAAAAGAAGGUUCAAGAGGAAUUUGACAUAGACAUGGACGCGCCAGAGACAGAGCGGGCGGCCGUGGCGAUACAGUCCCAGUUCAGAAAAUUCCAGAAGAAAAAAGCGGGGUCCCAGUCCUAGUAGCUACCUCACAGCAUAAAACAAAGUAACCCUGAAAUGAUUUAUCGAGAAAACCCGAAAUAACACAGAGAUGCAUGUACAGAAACGAUCAGUAUUUAAAACCCCAUUGGCAGAUACCAAACCAUGAGCUUGUGUGUGACUUCAUCCCAGAUGUUUCACGCCCAUUAUCCUCUGUAACUCACCAUUUUACUUGAUGUUGUAAUAAAAAGUUAGGGUGAAGUAAUUAAAGUGUCUGCCUUCAUCUGUCUUUUCAUAUUAAUCCAGCAACUGCAGCGUUACAAAUGAUCCCAGCCCAGAUGCCUCCUUCCCUCUUCACGUAAAGCUCGGAGACAGAACAGCACCGUAUGUUGCAGGGUUUUUGCUGAGGGCUGAGAUAAUGUGUCUCAGCCCUGCUCACCUCGUUUGGAGGAUUCCAGCUGCCAGCCCAAUGUGACAAUAAAAUUGCUUUCUUGUAAUGAGCUGAAAGUAAAAAAAAGUUGCAGUCAGAGCUGGCAUGAGGAGAAGAGGUGUAGGAAGCAGUGAGCGGUUUGGUUCUGUCUUGCAAUUGUGUCAGUAAAGUGGUUUAAGUGGGGAAAUUGUCCCUGUCCUUCCUCUUUGCAUGAUAAUGUACAGAAUUACCCAGCUUGGACCACAUUGACUGUUAUGCAAAGAAAAUAAUAAAUCAGACAAAAAAUGCAGAAA